CGCUGGCUUCUUAGUUACCACACGUGUUGAGACUAUGUGCAUAUAUUUACGCUUUGUUGACUUGGAUUUCUAUAUCGAUUUCCAAUUAUCGGACUCGUGUUAUCCAACGUGUGCCUUAAUACAUUUCUAUAGGCUGUGCUUUUGCUUAUCGAUUUUCGAUGCCAGAAACCGUGUGUGCUAGAAACUGUGCAUUUUCCAUACAAUUGGUGUAAAUAUUUCUAUAAAUAUCAAGUACAACAAAUCGAAUAUAACCCAGCACUUGUAGGAAGAAUAACUUGAUUUUUCAGAUAAGAAUUCAUGGUGCAAGGGCAGGGUCCACGAUCUGGGUUACCCAUGACGUCACAAACCGAUGUGGAGAAGGGGACGCAAGGAGACGCCGAGGAACCCCAGAUUUUGAGAGCUAUAGAAGCCAAAGAUGUCAGAGAGUUGACUUACCUCAUCGAAGGAGGGGCUGAUAUUAACUGUUAUUCCAAGGAUGGUUUCUCAACCCCGCUUAUUAAGGCCAUCGAGUGUGAGGACUACGAAAUCCGACGUCGUAUGGUUAAGAUCCUUAUAAAAUGGAAGGUCAAGGUCAACCAAAGGCUGCGAAAGAGCGGGUUCACCGCCAUGCACAAAGCCAUAGCUCGCAGAGACAGGGAGGUCAUCAAGAUGUUGAUCAACGCUGGUGGUGAUACAACCAUACGUGGAUUUAAUGGCUCUCCGGUUCUUAUGUGGAGUGUCAAUGACCAUACCCUGCUAGGCUGGCUGUUGGAGAACAACCAUUGCGAUGCGGACACGAGAGCGGAGCAAAUGAACGGGACCGUCCUUUUCUACUACGAGGAGCAGGGUGACGACUGGGCCGACGCCAUAGAGACAGCCUUGGCCCACGGCGCUCACUUGUACCACCGGGAUUACCUGACUAAUAAGACCGUCUAUGACCUGGCGGAAGAACACAAGAGGAAAGACAUACUUAUCAAACUGAAUAAGCACAUAUUCAAGCUAGUCGACAGAGGUGAUUUUGAUACCAUUUGGAUGGAAAUCCACAGGAGUUUUGAUCGCUGGAACAAAUUAAAAAACCAAUUCUCCCUCCACCCCCGAACCACCACCACCACCACCACAACCAACACCACAACCACCACAACCACAACCACUACCACCACAACCACAACGGCAACCACAACCACCACAACCACUACUACCACAACCACAACCAUACACAUAUUCUUACACGCACACGGACAUACAUAG